CCGAGAUCUGAGCGUCGGAGAUGAAUCUCUGUCCUCUUGUUACUGUUUGUUCGUCGAUAGUACAAUUUUUGAAGAACUGAAAAAUCCAUCGAUUUUGUGGAUCUAUCUCGCUUGGAUUGUUCGACGACGUAGACGAUGAGGAUGGAAAUUCGUGCGGCGACGUUAUUGCUGGAUCUGGUUGUAGCUGCCUACGUAGUUAUGGGAUUGGCUUCUCCUUCUACAGUUCCUGGUUUCCUCUGGUCUCCUCAUCUCCAACCUGCUAUUGGUGAAUUGGAUGAGGCUGUAAAUUAUCAGGUCAUGUCUGCAAAGGAUCUUGUAAAUUCUGUUCUAACUCAAGGAGGCUGGUCAAAUUUUCUGUGCUCGGAGAAGAAACUUCAGCGCCCAGUUGAUCUUGCACUCGUGUUUAUCGGCAAAGAGCUACUCUCUUCCGAGAUGAAGAUUCGGGGAUGCUUCUUCUUUGCUCAGAACCUAUUUACAGCUUCCAACUUCUCGCUGGCAUUCCCAUAUAUUGCUGCGCCAGAGGAGGAAAGGAUGGAAAGUUUGUUCCUUUCGGGACUCAAAGAAGCGUGUGCUGACAGUUUAGGAGUCAGCAAUGUUGUGUUCUCAGAGUCAUGCUUUGUCGAGGAUGGAAGGAUUCAGAAACUAGCAGACUUGCAGUCUUUUAAAGACCAUUUGCUUGCUAGAAGAGAAAUGAGAAAAGAAGGGGAAACUGACUUGGUUGUGCUCUGCUCUGAGGGUUCUGAAUUAUCUGGUUCGCUUGACCAGUCACGUUCAGAGGGUGAAACCAUCUCUGAACUUGUCAGUUCUAUGGAGCAAUCUGGAACUAAAUACGCGGCUCUUUAUGUUUCUGAUCCCUAUUGGUAUACAUCAUACCAAACUCUCCAGAGGUUUCUGGCUGAGAGUGCUGCAGGAAACAGCUCACUUAACGUCACUACAACCUGCGAUGAAGUCUGCAAAUUUAAGUCAUCGCUUUUGGAGGGUGUCCUAGUCGGGAUUGUGUUGCUCCUCAUCUUAAUAAGCGGCCUAUGUUGUAUGGCGGGCAUCGACACACCAUCUAGAUUCGAGACUCCUCAGGAAUCUUGAGUCGUUGACCCUGAGGAGCAUCUUCCAUUUGCUUUUUUUGAUAUGCUCUGACGGGGUGCAAGGUGAAAGGUACCUCCUUUUAUGCCCAUUGUUACAUUACUUAAAAGUGCAUUGGAUGAUAAAUCUCUUGUAAGAUCUGUUCAACUGUUUGUGAGCCCUUGUGUGAAAAUGUUCGUUAAUAAUGGAAGAACCAGAAACACAAUGAAGUA